AUGGGGUUAUUAUCAUUGGGAACCCCGCUCGAAUGGGAGGUAUCCCGUAAGUACAACGAGCACGUUAGAGACAAUGGUGUAGAACAACUAAUAUAUAUUUUCAAAGCAGCACAUGGAAGAAACAAUGACCCUUUAUAUUGGGGAGAUGAGUUAGAAUUCAUGCUUGUCACAAACAAUCAUAAAGAUAACAAAAAAGAGCAUUACAAAUUGAGUGUUGAGGCUGAUUGGAUUUUAGAAAGUUUAGAAAGCACUGAAACUCCAGGUAUUCCCAAUGCACAUGACCAAAAUGUCACUUAUCACCCAGAAUAUGGUAGAUUUAUGCUGGAGGCAACCCCACUGUCACCCUACAAUUCAACAAAGGAGUAUUCUAAAAUAUCCUAUGUCGAAAAAAAUAUGGAACUAAGAAGACAAUUGGCUGAAGAAAAAUUAUCCACAAAAGAUUAUAACCAUCAUGAGAAAGUUAUUCUAUUAAGCAUUGCCGUUUUCCCUAGAAUGGGAUGUGACAAUUUUAUUAAUGUUCCAAAUCAGUGGGACCCGCUUCAUAAAAACAAAGCAUCCCAAUCUCUAUUUUUACCAGAUGAAAUUAUUAAUAGACAUGUUAGAUUCCCCACACUAACAGCUAACAUUAGGACCAGAAGGGGUGAAAAAGUUGCCAUGAAUGUUCCAAUGUAUAAGGACAUCCAUACACCUCUUUUAGAUGAUUCCAUCGAAAACUCUGCUAGGAUACAAACCUUUGGUAAAUGGUUUCCAAAACACGAUUCUGAGAAGGCUUACAAACCAGGUUUCAUAUACAUGGAUGCAAUGGGUUUUGGGAUGGGGUGUUCUUGUCUACAGGUGACUUUUCAAGCACCAAAUCUGGAAAUGGGUAGAUACCUAUACGAUUCAUUGAAUAACUUUGCUCCAAUUAUGUUAAGUCUUACUUCGGCCUCUCCAUUUUUUAAGGGUUGGUUAUCGGAUCAGGAUGUUAGGUGGAACGUCAUAUCUGGUGCAGUUGAUGAUAGGACAGCAGAGGAAAAAGAUUCCGGGAAAGUUCCUAAAAGCAGAUAUAGUGUGGUGGAUUUAUAUCUAGGGAGCGGUUUAAAUAAUAAGGCUUCCUAUUUUGAUGAAAAACUUAAUGAUACAAAUGUACCAAUAAAUAAAAAAGUUUAUCAGAGAUUGUUGGAUAAUGAAAUUUAUCCAAUGGACAAACAUUUGGCUAGGCACUUUGCCCAUUUGUUUAUUAGGGAUCCGAUAGUAAUUUUUGAAGAAAGGAUUAACCAGGAUAAUGAGACCGAGACAGACCAUUUUGAAAAUAUUCAAAGUACAAAUUGGCAAUCUUUGCGUUUUAAACCGCCAACACAAAAAGCUACACCAGAUAAUAAACAGGUUCCCGGUUGGAGAGUGGAAUUUAGAACCAUGGAAAUUCAAUUGACUUCUUUUGAAAACGCUGCAUUUUCUAUUUUAAUUUAUUUAAUUGUCGAAUGCCUUUUGACUUUCCCCGGUAUUUUCAACGCCUACAUUCCGAUGUCAAAUGUAUGGCAAAACAUGGAAACGGCACAUAAAAGAGAUUCCACAAUAUCUCCCAACAUUAAGUUUCACUGGAAAACUCAAUUUUUUAAUACUAACAGUUAUGAUAGUGAAAAAAUGACCAUGAAAGAGAUUUUCAACAACCCCAAGUCUGGUAUUUUCCCAGUGGUAAUCAAUAGGAUUUUAAAGCACAAAAAAAUUAUUGAUAAUGAUUGGAAAGAAUUGAAAGCAAGGACUGAAGAUAGUGAUUUAACUGCCUUAUAUUUCUAUUUAUUGUUAGUUGAAAAACGUUCUUCUGGUGAAAUACCAACCUUUGCACAUUAUUUCAGAAAUUUUGUCCUAAGACAUCCUGAAUAUAAACACGAUUCUAAAAUCAGUGAAUCAAUAAACGAUGAUCUUAUUGACCGCUAUGUAUCAAUUACAAACUUGGACAACGAAAAUAUAUUGAAGGAAUAUUUUGGUGAUAGUAUUGGUGAAUAUCUUUACAGUAAGCGGGAGAACAAAAUAUAA